UGGGGGCCGGGGACGAAGAACACAACUCGGCGACACGGAAGGUGAAGAGGAUGAGAUCGAGCUCCCACUCGGGUAAUCCUCAGAUCCCUCCUUUCCGCUCCCCGAUCGCGGUUAGUGUGGUAAUUGUGCGUUAAUUGGAGGUUCAAGGAUCACGUUUCUGUCUAACAAGAUAGGGCCGUGAUAGACAAGUCUUGUGGUGUUAAUAUCAAAUUGAACUGCAGUCAAUUGCACAAGAAUAUAUCAAUUUUUGUAUUUCAUAAUUCUCUAUGAGUUGAGGGCAGAAUCGUGACGAAGGAUUAUCAUUAGCCAGACAAGAAGCUUGGUGGAAAGGCGAAAAGUAUAAGCUCCUGUCUCAAGUUUCAAAUGGUUGAAGAGAUGACUCCUCUUAGGUCAACAGGUUUCAUGGACCCUGGAUGGGAACAUGGUGUUCCUCAAGACGAGAGGAAGAAGAAAGUAAAAUGCAACUACUGCGGCAAGAUAGUAAGUGGUGGAAUAUAUAGACUGAAGCAACAUUUGGCAAGAAUUUCUGGUGAAGUCACAUAUUGCAAAAGGGCCCCUGAAGAGGUGUACAUUAAAAUGAAAGAAAAUCUCGAAGGAUAUAGAUCUACAAGAAAACGGCAGUUAGAAGAGAAAGAAAAGGAACCCACUUUCGAUGUCCACUCCAAUGAUGAUGAUGAUGAUGAUGUGGAAAACUCUAUCCACUAUAAAAGGAAAUUAAGAAAGGAAGUGAAUGAUCAAAGCUUAGCUACGGUUAUAACUCCGCUUCGCUCGUUAGGGUAUGUGGACCCCGGUUGGGAACAUGGUGUUGCUCAAGACGAAAAGAAAAAGAAGGUAAAAUGCAAUUAUUGCGAGAAAAUAGUUAGCGGCGGUAUAAACCGGUUUAAGCAACAUUUAGCGAGAAUUCCCGGAGAAGUCGCAUAUUGUAAAAUGGCUCCUGAGGAAGUGUAUCUAAAGAUGAAAGAAAAUAUGAAAUGGCAUCGAACGGGUAGAAGGCGAAGGAUAGAAACAAAAGAAGUUUCGGCAUUUUACGUGCAUACAGAAAAUGACGAGGAGGAAGUUGCUGGUGGAAGAAAUAAUGCAAAUAAUUUUGUAGGCGAUCAAGAUGUUUCUUGUGGUAAUGCUAUGAAGAAAAAGUCUAGAAAUAUAACUACAGACUCUCUCUAUGCCACUUCCCAGAAAGGGAACUAUUCUUUGUCCUUUAAGCAUUCAAAACAAAAGGGAGGGGCUGAUAAGAAAGGCCAUAAAGAAGUAAUUUCUGCUAUUUGUAAAUUCUUUUGUUAUGCAGCUAUACCUUUUAAUGUCGCAGAUUCAGCAUACUUCCACAAGAUGCUAGAUUUAGUUGCUCAACAUGGUCAUGGAAUUAAAAGCCCAAUAAGCAAACUACUUGCUAAUAGAUCACUUAAUGAUGAAGUGGAAACAAUAAAAGAAUACUUUGGGGAAAUUAAGGCUUCGUGGGCUACUACCGGAUGCAGUAUUAUAGGGGAUAGCUGGAAAGAUGUGCAGGGAAGGACGAUAAUCAACUUCUUAGUGUCUUGCCCGAGAGGAACGUACUUCGUUUCCUCCAUAGAUGUGUCUCGCAUUGUAAAAGAUGCUACACAUCUUUUCAAGUUGUUGGACAAAGUUGUGGAGGAAGUAGGUGAGGCAAAUGUGGUGCAGGUAAUCACAGAAAAUUCUUCAUAUUAUAGAGCUGCUGGAAAGAUGCUAGAGGAGAAGAGAAGAAGCUUAUUCUGGAUGCCUUCUGCUGCGGAUUGCAUCAAUCAAAUUCUCGGGGAUUUUGCUGAGAUAAAAUGGGUCAGAGAAUGCAUCGAAAAAGGUCAAAAGAUUACGCGAUACAUUUAUAAUUGCGUGUGGCUAGCAAACCUUAUGAAAGAAGAAUUCACAGAGGGGAAGGAUCUCUUUAAACUAUCAAUAACAAAGUUUGCAACUACUUUUCUUACAUUGCAAAGCUUGCUAGAUCAAAGGCCUUCUCUUAAGAAGCUGUUCCAAUCGAGCAAAUGGGUAUCAUCCCAAUUGUCCAAAUCAGAUGCGGGCAAAGAAGUAGAAAAGAUUGUGGUUAAUCCCACAUUCUGGAAGAAGAUUCAAUAUGUGAAAAAAACUGUAGACCCGGUUUUGCAGAUACUUAAGAAAGCGGAAAGCAAUGAAGGGUUGUCCAUGCCGUCGAUAUACAAUGACAUGUACCGAGCUAAGCUGUCUAUUAAAGCUGUCCAUGGCGAUGAUGAGAGAAAGUAUGGGCCUUUCUUGGUUGUAAUAGACAGUCAUUGGAAUGCUGUUUUCAACCAUCCUCUGUAUGUUGCUGCUUACUUCUUGAACCCGUCCUUUAGAUAUCGACCAGACUUCAUGGCGCUUCCUGAGGUUAUUCGUGGCUUGAAUGAAUGCAUAACUAGACUUGAAUCGGAUAAUGUAAGGAGAGUUUCUGCUGCUUCCCAGAUUUCAGAUUUUGUUUUUGCAAAAGCUGAUUUUGGAACCGAUCUGGCUUUGAGUACAAGGAUGGAGCUGGAUCCAGCUGCCUGGUGGCAACAACAUGGAAUCAAUUGCCUCGAGUUGCAACGAAUUGCUAUUCGCAUAUUGAGCCAGACAUGUACAUCUCGUGGUUCCGAACACCACUGGAGUGCCUUUGAUCAAAUUCACACUACUAGACGCAAUCGUAUAGCCCAAAAAAGAUUAAAGGAUCUUACUUACACCCAUUACAACCUACGUCUUCGCGAAUGGCAAUUUAACAGGACAGAUGAUUGUUCAAUUUCCCUUGACAAUGCUCUACUAGAGAGAUUGUUGGAAAGCUGGGUUGUUGAGAUUGACAAAGCAGCUUCUCCAGGAGGCGAGGAGACUCUUUAUAAUGAAACGGAACAAGAGCCCUACUUAAAGGAAGUAAACGAGAAUAUGCAUUUAGAUGCAACGUCAAGGAAACCUCAUACAAGCAGUAUACCUUUGCCUGAAGUAGUCGAGUCCUUAGAGGUUCAUCCUGCUUCUAUGGCUACUGCUAGUGACGAAGAUGGUGGUGAUCUUAACUUUCUCGAUGAUGAUCUCAGUGAUUAGAUGAAGUUUAUCAUAAUAGAUCUUCUAUUAGAAAAGUAAUGGUUUCAUAAUCAUCUCUUCUUUAUUAGAUCUUAUUGUUCUGUAUAUUAAAGCAUCCCGCUGUUGUAAUCUCUCGUAUUAUAUUUCAGAUUAGUGGUAAACAUAUUUGGUCGCUCAUGUAGAUAUAAUUUCGACUGCGUUGUACCCACGGAAUAAAACAUGUAUAGAUUUUGGAAAUUUAGUAUCGAACAUCCAUAACAAAUUCCUCAAUAUGUAUUCUCUGUCUAGCUCUUGUGCCCUCAAAUGAAAGGUUUUACUUUUACUAGUUGAAACAA